AUGGCCCAUGCGGACUUCGAAGCUCUAAGAGGAAGUCAAACAGUCUACAAACCGGAAAAGACCAAUACUGAGUUCCACAAGAACUUGAGACAAGCUCAACUUGAUAGGAACUGGGAAAAUCUUAAUAACAAGAUUGACAAAAGGGAGGUGAUCUACAACACAAAUAAAUAUACUGUUGCUGCAAUCAUCACCAAGCAUUUCAUCACAUCGGCGAUGAGAGAUAAACUGAGCAAUGAAACUGAUUGGGUAGAACUCCAAGCAGACCACGUGAAGUUGUUGAAGCGUAUGAAGACGUUCAUGACUGUCACGGAUGAGACCGAGUGGCAACACUUUGGACUCAUGGAAUCUCUCAAGAGAUUCACAAACUGCACUCAGAAGCAAAACAAGUCUGUAAAUGAUUACAGAAGACGAUUCGAAGCCCAAGCUGACCAAGUAUUCGAAAUCCUUGGCAAUGAUGUGUUGCAUGUCUAUGCGACUAAGACGAUGGGGUACCUGGAUUUGUACGAUCCAGAGGACGAUCCGGACGAUACCAAGGCGCUUUAA